GCUGCAACGCUGUUUACCCCUAAAACUCCAAAAGUGUUUUGUGGACUCAAACCCUUCACCCACCCCUCCAUUGACAUAGUGGUGAGUAGAUAAUGAGUGAAUUGUCAUUUUUGGGUGAACUAUCCCUAUAAGGGAGUCACUGAGCUAUCUGCCAAUGAGACAAUGUCAUUAUCAGAGCAACUUAAAACAUACUUGGUGAAACAAUAAAUUUAACAACAGAGAUUUGGCCGUUUUUCUUAAUAUCAUGGGCUACGUAUAAAUUGUGGAUCUCUCAACAAUGUCACACAGAGAUUUGCAUGAUUAUAUUAUCAGGAAAAAAAGAAUCACCUUGACAUAAAGAUAAAUACUCCUGAGAGAGAGAGAGAGAGAGAGAGAGAGAGAGAGAGAGAGAGAGAGAGAGAGAGAGAGAGAGCUUCUCUGGGAGCUUCAGAUCUCAGGUGACAGCGGCUCUGUGAGGAUGAUCGGGAACCCGCUCUGACUGUACAUGGUUCAGCAGAUUAAGGGGUUUGUGUAAUUAAAGCUCCCGCAGACGAUGUAAUUGUUUAACGAGAGUCUGGUCUUGGAGAGACAGCUCGUCCCAUGCGUGCGCCCCCAGCGCGCCAGGCUGCGCUCCACCCCGAGGACGGUGCCCUAGACCCGGGGGUUAGAUGGUUCUGAUUACCGACGACAGGGAUGGAGGAGGCGUCCGGGUCAAGCAGCUCCAGCUCCAGCAGCAUCAGCAGCAAAAAGUCGGAGAAAAGUCUCUCAGGUCCACCCGACCAUAGAGGAAGAGCCGCCGUCCAACUCCGAGGAUGACUACCCGAGCGAGGAUGAGGACUAUGAUGAAGAGGAGGACGAAUUCGAAGAAGUGGACUUCGAGGACUUGGAUGACGGUCGCAGCAUCGCGUCCGACAGCUCCUUCUACCCGCUGCACCAACAACUCGGCCAUUGUCCGGAUCAUGAUCCGACAUGGAGUGAAGGAGGAGCAGGUCAAGGAGACGGACAAGAACAACAGGCCAUGCCGCCUCCAGACACGAUGUUCUGUGCCCAGCAAAUCAGCAUCCCACCCGAGCUGCCCAACCUCCUCAAGAACUUCACCAAGGCAGCCAUCCGAACGCAGCCCAAGGACUUGCUGCUGUGGUCUUCAACAUACUUCCAUGCACUGUAUAGAGGAGAGCGUUUGCCCGUCAAAGAGCGUUUCGAGAUGAACGUUGCCCCCCAGAAGACAGACACGAUGUACUGUUCCCAGCAAAUCAGCGUCCCGCCCGAGCUGCCCAUCAUCCUCCAGAACUUCACCAAGGCAGCCAUCCAAACGCAGCCCAAGGACUUGCUGCUCUGGUCUUCAACAUACUUCAAUGGACUGUGUAAUGGAGAGCACUUGCCUGUUGAAGACCGUUCUGACAUGAACGCUGCCACCCAGAAGACAGACACUGGGCUGACUCCAGGUCUGCUUAAGACUCUUCACAAACAGCUGUCCCAGAAGACAACUUGCAGCAAGGAGGAACUGCAGAAGAAAUGGGAGGGUCUGUGUUUACCAUCGGAUCAGAUGGAGACCCUGCUGUCGCUGGGCAGGUUCAGCUCAGACAUUGACUGGAUGCAGUUUUUCGCCCUGGGCUGCAGCGCUCUGGGAGGGACCCUCAGGAGUUCUCUGAAGUUCGCCUGUGAGAUCCUGACAGAGGAUGAGGAGGACGGCGCCACCAUGAUCCCGUUUGACACCUUUGUGAAAAUUUACACUUAUCUUGCUCGCCUGGAUGGGGACGUGCCACAGGACCACAUUGACGACUUCCUCAGCAGCCUGCAGCCACAAGUGGAGCUCCAAACUGGGAUGAUAAAACCUCUGGACUUCAUCCAUCAGGACCACAUGGACUGAACCUCCUGACUCAUCAGACCUCGCCAGAGCCACAUCAAGGCCUGAACAAGAACAGUGAAAGUGCAUUUCAAAAUUAAUGUUGCUUGUUUAACAGUGAACAGCGAAGUAUUGAAUGUAUUGCCAUUGGCACAACCUAUAUUUGCCCAAAAUGCAUUUUAAACUGAGAAUUUUAUGUUCAUCACAUCUUAAUGUUGAGGUUGGAUGAGCAAGCAAUAACCACCAGAUGCCUGUCAAUCAAGCAAUCACCUCCGAAGCAUUUUCUUUUCUUUUAAGUCUCAUCAUCUUCUUAAUGGAACAAUAAACCUCGUAAUUCUAAAUCUCAAAAUUAAUUAUUGAGACCUUAACUCCUUGUGAAAAGGAAUAUACAGGAUAAUUACUGUGUUUUUCAAGAGAAGUCUGUGGAUUCCGAGGCAGUAUCCUGCAGCCAUUACAUUUUAAGACACCUACACACUGGCUUCAACAGCGUUCCAGCAAGGUUGUGUGGGCGAGUGAACUUUAGUUCUUCUGCAAAGUGCCUUGGACUUUUAUCAUUUCGUGAAAUUCAUUGCUGUUUUGUUUCAUUAGGGUAAAAGUAUAUAUUGUUUAAUCCUAUGUAAUAUAUUUUGUGGCAUUAUUUAAUACUGAUUUUUAUCUAUGAGCAUUUGCAAAAUAUUCUCACAAAAAACAAAGUUCUUACAUACGUGAGCACGCUUCUCAGACAGCACUUAAUUAAGGGCCGUUGCAGGCUGAUUAAAAUGGAUUAAUUAACCCUUGUGGAUUAUUCAAUUUCUCACAUUCAACUUGAGAGCUAAUGAUUUUUCUGUCCCUGAAUUUAAGUGGCUUAAUUGAUUAAGUUGUGAUGUGGAGACUUUCUAAUCAGUUCAAAUUAAUAGACAGGAUAGUAGAGGAGAACAUUUUCAAGCAAAUCCUCUCAGAAACCAACAGAAACCCCUCAGAACCCAGACAUAAACACUGGAUUUUGGUCACUUAUUCAGUCACUAACAGUUCGGCGCUUGUGUCAUAGAGGAGACUCAUAGACAGAUCUUUGUGCAGCGCCCUGCUCCAGGUAUGCCACAGAAGAGACCAUGGUGUGUUGGAGUGUUGUGGAUGUUUGUGGUUUUAGGGGGAAUACAUGAAUGACUGAAUGAGGGAAGCCAUACAGCAGCCUGUCUAAACCCACCAUGUUGUGCUCGUGAGGUACAUGUGGCCUAAAUAAGAUCGACUGAGAAAGUUCAUUUUAAAAAUUAUACUAGUCAUUUCUUCAUCUAAAACGGCUAAUGCUUAUGGUCAAAGACAUAUUUACAACAACCCGGAUAAUGUCUUAGAAGUUCUUGGAAAUUCUUCUAAUGUAAUGCCGGCUGUAGCUCUGGAGGUAGAGAGGGUCGUCCACUCACCAGAAGGUCGUUGGUUUGAUCCCUGGCUCCUCCACAAGAACAAUCCUCGGGCAAGAUACUAAACCCCAAAUUGCCCCUGAUCAAAAAAGUGCUACGUAUAGAAGCGUUGUGCAUUUGCUUGCGGGGAAAUUGGUGACUUGUACUGUAAAAGCAUUUUGAGUGGUCGAUUAAACUGGAAAAGCACUAUAUAAAUACAGUCUGUUAACAUCUCAGGGUUAUUGUAGUGACUGCAUGGACAUUUCAUGCAACAAACAGUGGACUGCUUUUUCGGCUUAAACCUGUGUGGCCUUGGGUGACGGCUGGAUUUGUAAGAAAUCAUCAUGUCUGUGAUGACUGUUGAACGAUACUUCUUCCCAACCCAAAUGAGACAGACAAGACAACAACAAUCAUACAAAUUACACAGUCCUGUUUUUGCUGCUCUCUUGAAUCUGCCACAAAGGGUUUGGGUUAAAAAUAGUUCUUACAGUUUGGAGUGGCAUACUCUCGGUAAGUAUAGUUGUCUGAAAGAGCUGUGAAUAUAUAAUAAAAUGACAUAAAUCUCACAUUUACACGACACACAUUCACAGAAGGGCUCCAGUCAGCUCCCUGUGGUUAUCUGUCCACGGAACUUAGAUCUUGUUCUGAGUCCCGGGUUGAGCUGAUGCAAUCGGCUCUGCAAGGGAGGGUGUUGCAAAUGUUGUGCUGUUUACAUUGUGUCUCAGUCUCACGUGAAUUCAUACGCACAUCACAGAAUAUGAAUCCACCUACAUCAAAGUGAAUGGACAAAUCUGUUGUUUUCAAUUGGCUGUACUUCUCUAUGAUGUACAGUAGUUUGAAAUGCAACAGCAUGCACAUUGAGGGAUAUUUUACUUAGGACAUAUGAGAGGGGGGAUUAAAUCUACAUGUUAGAAGUCCUUGAAUGAACUACAAACACCCCACCAGCUGUGUUACUGAACAGACCUCAGAGCAAACACGAACAUGUGAGAGGUCUUGUGGAACUGAGGUGUUCUCAUUUUAAAAACAACCGCCUGUCUCCUUAAUAAGUAUUAAUUGUUUCCUCCAAUUUUGCUGGGGCUAAAUA